AUGCUCACCAGGGGGCUGUCGGAGACGGCGGAGUCGACGCAGGGCGAGGCGGAGGUCGCAGACGAUGCAGGGGCUUGCCGAGGACGGCGCAUGCGGCUCCCACGCAGCGACGCUGACGAGGCAGUACUCCGCGUCGCGAACCUCUGCACGGCCGUGUCCGUGCCAGGGCUCAGCGACGGCGACUACCGGGGCCUGGGCGACGGUCGGAGCCCGAGGGAUGGCGUGGAAGGGAGGAAAGGCGGGUGCAGCUACCUGGCAUGGCGCCUCCGACGCGCAUGCGCGGCGGCCGGUUGGCUUAGCGGACGCGACGAGUGCGGCUUCAGCACGGACGGAGCCCCGACGACGGCGAAGGGAACAUUGCAGAGCAUUGGUGUCCCAACCAAUCCCCAUCAAAUCUCCCACAAUGAAGCGGCACACCAAUAUUCUGCGCACUGCUCUGCUGCACAUGGUGAUGGGGCACCCACGCUGCCUGCUGCCUGCUCUCUUCCCCGCUGCCUGCCUCCCACCGUCCCACAGCCUCUGCACCUAGCCACCAUAUAUCUCCCUGAUAGAUACUUCUUCCCCUCCAUUUCUGCGUGCGCCACCAUACAUCUCCCUGCCGAUCUUGGAGUGGUCGCGCGCGCGUUCGACUGCCGGGGAUACACAAUGACGGAGGAGCACGGCGUGCCGGUGGUGAGCUGGGUGGCGUCCGGGGUGGCCUUCUGGUCCACGGCGUUCCUGCUGCUGCGGGCGCUGCUCCCCAAGCGCUCCUACGACUUCUGCAACCGGGCCGUCUCCACAAUGCACGCCGUCGCCGGCGUCGGCCUCGGCUGCCUCUCCGUGCACGACUGGGCCUCGCCCGUCUCCCCAGUCGCAUCCCCAUCCUCGCCGAGCCAGAUGAGGGCGCUGGCGGUGACGCUGUCGUACAUGAUCUACGACGCGGCGUGCUGCCACCUGAGCGGCGACGCGCGGCUGGACAACGCCCUGCACCACCUCAUCAGCAUCGUCGGCCUCGGCGCCGGCCUCGCCUACCAGAGGAGUGGGACGGAGCUGGUGGCGUGCCUGAUCGUCACGGAGAUCACCGCGCCGCUGCUCCACCUCAGGGAGAUGCUCAAGGAGCUCGGCAUCAAGGACACCGACCUCAACCUCCUCGUCGAUAUUCUGUUCGCGGCGACCUUCUCAGUGGCACGAAUGGUCUGUGGGACGUACGUCACCUACCGCACCGUGACGGCCGACAACCCCAUCCUCAUCAAGACGAUGGCCACGAGCUUGCUGCUGGUGAGCGCCUACUGGUUUUUGAGGAUCGUCAGGAUGGUCCGGCACAAGCUCGGGAAGAAGAGGCCAUCGGCCAAAAUCGCCGCCGAGUGACUUGCAACGGAAUCAGGCAGGCGACGCAGCGAGAAUUAACGGAAAAUUUCUCAGUUCUGUGGAGAUCAUGAUGUAGUAGUAUUCUUUUUCAAGACAAGACUUGUUCAAACAGUAGAUGCAUGUAACGUAGCAACUUGAUUUUAUGGGUGUGCAGAAUCAGCUCCACUAAUUGCCUUCUGAGUUCGGAUUGCCGUGGAGAAUUCCUAGCCGUAUACAUAGUAUAAUAUCAGCUCUUGUGCUUCCAGACACAUGGAAUCCAUUUUCGUUACAA